AAUGAAAGCAUGCUGUUCUAAACAAGAAGCAUUUGUUACGAGAAACACUUUACCACCAUUGCCAGAGCUGGAAAUUGUUGUGGAACAAAAAAAAAGCAAGCAGGCAGACAAUGUUACCUCAAAGGGUAAAAUACAUCUAAAAGAAAUACACAUUUUAAACCUUGUUCCAUGUAUUUUGCUCUGCCUGUCUGGAUUUGGGUAGUUGGCUUAGCUUGCUAAAUUCCACUCACUUAGAGGAAUAAAAAUGUAACCAUAUGUGUGCGUGGAAGGAUUGGGGACACGUGAAUGCAAUUCAGUACGGUAACGUACUCCGGUCAGAGGUGGACCGUGGGAGUGAGAGCGCGUGUCCCGUUAAAGCACAAAGCGUGAGGAAAUGAGACAUUUCAGUACGGUUUGUGUUUGUAUUUCAGAUUUUUCUUGAAAUGCGUGUCCUGGGUUCUUUUUCAGUCACAGACGUGCUCCAUCCAGUUGCUACGCCUCGCCACUUUGACAACGGCAUGUGUGUACUGUGUGCGCUGACCGAUAAACCACCAUUAAGUCAGAAACACUCCAUUAAAUCAAUUAUCCUUCUCACUUUGGAACUCAAAUCCGGACGCGUCAGUACAGCACAAAGACAACAAACCUUUGUUGACACAGUUAAAAGGUUUCACUGUUACAUUUAUCAGUUUUGCACACAACCUCAUUUUUCUACCUUUUAAAGUCGCCGUCGCCCUGCAACAGCAUUCUGGAUGAACCACAUUGCCGAUGGAGACUGCCGCAAGAGCCGAGUUGGUCUGCAACCACACGGCUGCGUGGGACUGGAUUUACGCCAUGCAGCCGGCCUACAUGUCCGUCAUCUGCCUCCUCGGCGUGAUCGGCAACUCCUGCGUGCUGUGCGUGUUCUGUCUCCAGAAGCGGCGCAGCUCCGUGGCCGACAUCUACCUGAGCAACCUGGCCGCGGCGGACCUGCUCAUGGUCUCCUGCCUGCCCUUCUGGGUGGAAACCGUUGUUAACAAGUUCCACUGGAGAUUUGGGGAGGCCAUGUGCCAGCUUAUCAACACCGUCAUCGGGAUGAACUAUUAUUGCAGCGUGUUGUUUCUCACGCUCGUGAGCGUGGACAGAUACCUGGCCCUCACUAGACCUUUGACCCAAGGGAGGGAGAGACGAGCCUGGUGGGCGCGCGGCAUUUGCUUGGUUAUCUGGAUCGCCGGCGUCUUGCUCAGCUUCCCGGCUGUCCUCUUCCGCUCUGUUCAAUUCGUGCCCGAUCUGGGCGUAGACGCAUGCCACCUCGAGUAUCCCCACGAAGGCUGGAGGCUGCGCUACAACAUGACCGUCAGCACGGUGGGCUUCCUUAUUCCAGUUCCCAUUAUGUCCUUCUGCAGUUACCACAUCACUAGAGUUCUUCAGAGCAGCCGGAAGUUGAGAAAAGGCAACAGAGGAAGUGCGGAAAGAAAGGCGGCAUUCCUCGUUCUUGUUGUUCUGGCGGCGUUCAUCCUCUGCUGGCUGCCGUACCAGGUUCUCAUCUUCUUGGACACUUUGGAUCACUUUGAAGUGUUUCCUGGAUGUACGUGGGCUUACGUCUUGGACAUUGGAGACCAGUUGGCUACUUACCUUGGCUACAGCAACAGCUCAUUGAAUCCCUUCCUGUAUGUGAUUGUGGGGAAGCACUUUAAGCAACAGGCAAGGGAAGUGUUGGCACUGGUGCUCCGCCGGGGAAAAAGGCAGCGGAGGAAGUCCGGUCAUUUAACUGCUAAUCUCAACGCAACCAAACUAACUGAUAGCACAAAAAUCUAAAACAACAACACGCAGAGAAAGACAGCUGGUGAAAAGAUCAGUUUAUAUAACAGAUAAAAGGUUCCAUCAUACUUAUUAAGGCUAGAGUUGGUCAUCUUAAGAAAACAGCAAGAGUACAAUAUAUUUCUUUUAAUUCUUCAACCAAAAAACAGCCCCCUGUUGCCAACUCUUUUUUAAUGAAAAUAAGCUAUUAGUCCAAGGUUCAAAAAGAAAGAAAGUUGCCAAGUUGUAACACACAGCGCAGCCGCUCUCCCAGUUACAAAUAUGAAGGUGUAUAUGUGUUGAUGAAUGUCAUCAACAAACACGGCGGCCUUUAGCACAAACGAGAGCUUGUGUAAGACUUUUGUUACGAGCAAUUUGUAAGGUUUGUUGAAGUAUUGCAAAAGCCACAUAUGGCAGAUUAUUUUACUCUAUUACUUGCUUUUGAGAUCUCAAUAUAGCAAACAUGUUUUUGAAGAAGAAUGUCAACUUGAAUAUGACCAGCCACUUAAAGGAGUGGCUGGUCACAUUCACCUAUUCAGAGUUUGAUACGAAAGUUGAUACCACUUUCAGAUUUGCCUACCAGCAUUUCUGAAGCUGACUAAUUAACCUGCUGAAUUUUUCUUCAGUUUCACAAAACCUGUUUUUGAUAAACAACGUCUGGAACUAACAUUGUCAACCAUUAUAGUGUCGUGUCUGUUAAUCUUGAAUUUUAUUCAUUAUAAUUAAUGUAUUGUGAUAGUAGCUUCCAUCCAGAACAUUUACACUUUUUACCUGCUAAAUUAAGCUAUUAUAUGUUUUGAUAAAGUACUAAUUUCUAAGAAGUUUGUGUUUAACUACUGAAGAAAACCACAAAUCCAUCCCGUUUGUGUAUUAUGCUGCCCUCUGUAUGUGGAGUGAAAUAUAACUUUUGAUUAUGGAAUAAUAAUAUCUUUAAAAAUCAA